CCCUUAUCUCCAUUUCUCUCCACAAUCUCACAGCACACCACCCCGUUUACACCUUCCUUGCGUUCUCGAUAUAUUUAACCCCCUGAUAGAUAUAUCCUAAGUUUCCCAAUUAAACAUCUUACAUACUCACAUUUCACUUAUAAUACUAAGUUGUUGUUAGAACAAUGCCUGUCACGGGGCUUUCCUCCCACCCAAACAAGAACUCAUUCCACUGGAGGAAUAAUUCCGGGGAGCUCGAUGUUUUUGAGGCGGCCCGAUAUUUCUCCGGGGCCAAUGAAAAUCCAGGCUACAACGAUUUCAUCGACAGGCCUCAAGGACAAAGAGCAGCAGCCAGGAUGAGCCUGGAUUUGCCAAUAAUGAUGAACCCAGUCAAUCCAGACAAUCUCCCGACAGAUCAGAAACAACCGAAAGAGAACAAGAAAUACAAGCAGCCCAGCUCUCCAGGCGGCAGACUCGCCAGUUUCUUGAAUUCUCUUUUCAACCAAACAACUUCAAGAAAGAAGAAGAAACCGAAAUCAGGCCAGAAGGAUCUUGAUCAGGAAGAAAGGCCUGGUGGUGGGAGGAAACGGAGAAGCAGCAUCAGCCAUUUCAGAAUCACAACAACUUCUGCAGCUAACGACUCAAACUCCUCAUCAGGUUUUAAUUCUGCAAACACACCGACGAAAUCGUACAAGGAGUUGAGAAACUUCUCUGAUCACCAGAGGGCGAAAUUUUCCGUGCCUCAAAAUCUUGGAACCGCUGGAAAAACAAGCACGGAUUGCGGGCUAAUGGAUGAGAAAUUCAGGUUCAGCAAUGGGAAUAUUUCCAGGAACGGAUUAUCAUCAAAUAGGAUUUCCAGCGCCAGAAAUUGGGCGGACAAUGAAGAAAUUAGGGAGUUGAGGAAAUUCAGUGAUGUUGAUGAUGGCGCAGACAGUGAUUCAAGUUCAGACCUGUUUGAUUUACCAAACCAUGACUUAGAUUACUACUCAAACGGCCUGCCUGUCUACGGGACAACCCACAUUGACAGAAUCAGGAUUGGUGCACCAGUUUCUUAAUUAUUUAAUAUCAAAUACUGAUAUGAAUUCAUUAUUCCAUGCUUGGGAUUGUGGGGAGAAUUAUUGAGUUUUGUGACAAGAUCAGCCCAGAGAUUCUGCUUUUUUUUCUUUUAAAGAUCUUCACAACAUUAUGUGCAGUUUACAUGAAUGUUUCCAUGUCUUUCAACUUUUUAUUCUUUUUCUUCUUUUGCUUUUGUGGGUAGUCCAAGAAUUUGAGCAAAAAGCACCACUAAAGCAGUUUGAUGUAGUUGUGCAUGAUUAGAAAUCAUCCAGUUUUUAUUAAUGGAGUGAAGAAGAAACCAUCAUCACAGUCAGUGACUGUGAUUUCACCUCUA